AUGUCGAACUCUGAGGGCCGAGCAAAGGCAAAGGGUAGGCUAUUGUACUUUGUGAUUAUGGGUUUAGUUAUGGAAAAGAUCAUGAACAACAACAAAGAUUUCGUUAGGGACGCAAGUGCUAAGCCGAUUCGGGAAUUCACCAACGACUGCUGUGCAAAACUGUUUUUGUAUCGUUACGCCCAAUUGAUAUCGCCACUGCCCGUUGCCUGCUGCCCAUGGAUAUGGCCGCGCGCCGCGAGUACGUGA